UGACAGAGGCAGUCCUAAAUGAAUCACACUGGAUUGUGAUCAUGUGCUGCAAGUCCUGAGUGAGCUGCCAAAGAGGAAGUGGAGCUUGUUUUCUUUUUCUUGAUUCCUCUGCUGUAGGAAGAUGAAAGGUGGAGGCGGCGGCGGUAGCAGCAGCAACAACAGCAGGAGGAGGCAGACUUAACCAGGAAAGUCUGCCAAUUCCAGAAGAGCUCAAAUGGAGGCUCGUGAGUGGGCCCCUUUGAAAAAUGACACCUCUCCACCAACCUUAAGUCCAGCUGUGCCUCCAUAUGUCAAGCUAGGGCUGACCAUCGCCUAUUCUAUAUUUUAUUCACUCCUGUUUGUGUUCAUCUAUAUUCAACUGUGGUUGGUCCUGCACUACAGGCACAAGAGGUUUAGUUAUCAAACUGUCUUUCUGUUUCUAUGCCUGCUCUGGGCCUCUCUUAGGACGGUGUUGUUUUCGUUUUACUUCAAAGACUUUGUCAGCGCAAAUUCUCUUAGCCCCUUUGCGUUCUGGCUUCUAUAUUGUUUCCCAGUGUGCCUCCAGUUUUUCACAUUGACACUGAUGAAUCUUUACUUCACUCAGGUUAUUUUUAAAGCUAAGUCAAAAUACUCACCAGAACUUCUUAAAUACAGGUUGCCUCUCUACUUGGCAUCUUUCGUCGUCAGCUUACUUUUCCUGCUGGUGAACUUAACAUGCGCAGUGCUUGUGAGAAUGGAGAAUUCAGAAAGGAGAAGUAUUGUAUUGGUCAGGGUUACUAUCAACGACACAUUGUUUGUGCUAUGUGCCAUUUCACUUUCCAUCUGCCUCUACAAAAUUUCUAAGAUGUCAUUAGCGAACAUUUACUUGGAAUCCAAGGGUUCAUCUGUAUGUCAACUGACAACUAUAGGAGUGACUGUUAUACUACUUUACACUUCAAGAGCCUGUUACAAUCUGUUCAUACUAUCCUUUUCUCAGAGCAAGACAAUGAAUUCUUUUGACUACGACUGGUACAAUGUAUCUGAUCAGGCAAAUCUGAAAUGCCAGCUGGGUGAUGCUGGAUAUGUAGUAUUUGGAAUAAUACUUUUUGUGUGGGAGCUCCUGCCCACUUCCUUAGUUGUAUUCUUCUUCCGUGUUCGAAACUCUACAAAAGAUCUAACCAACCCAGGAAUAGUACCAAGUCAUGCAUUCAAUCCAAGAUCUUAUUUUUUUGAUAAUCCUCGCAGAUAUGAUAGUGAUGAUGAUUUGGCAUGGAGCAUAUCACCACACAACAUACAUGGCAGUUUCUCGCCUGAUUACUAUGACUGGGGACAUCAAAAUAACAGCUUUAUGACUCAUGUUGGAUCCCUGCAGAAUGAUUCUGUAUCAGAGAUUGAAUGACCAAGAUCAACAAAGCAUCCCACCAGUGACAAUUUUGUUACUUAAAAGUUACAGAAUAUUGUUGUGUCAACAACAAAAAAGUUUCAAAGUGGUAAAAUGGCUCAGCAAAAAAAUAUAGAAGGAAAACUUGCUGACAAAGCCAUACUUUAGUUGCAUUUUUAUUGCAAGAUACCAUGUUAAGGGUAUGUUCCUGGAAGGAUUUGCACAUGUACUUUAUAUAAUGAAGAGGAAUUCUUACAAAAAUCUGAGAAUCUUUUUUAUAAUGAAGAAUGAGGACAGAAGAAAGUCUUUGCAAGACUGAGGCUUCAGAGUAAAUACAUGUUUUAUAUUUUAAUUAUUUUUAUGUUGAAAAAAUAUCACUGGAAGUUUAUAGAAUACUUUUCUUAUGUUGUAACUUUUUAACAUGUACAUAAAUAGUUGUGUUCAAAAUACCACAUCCACUUUAUAAAGUAUUCUCCACAGCUUAAUUGUUGUGGGAAUUGGAAUUACACAAGGGUCUUUCAGCCAAUAUCAAUGUACAAACAUAAACAGUUGAAAUUACAGCCUGUCUCAGCAAAAAAAAAAAAGUCAUUUUGAAAAACAGCCUCACACUAUUUAAUCUGCAUGAGAUAAAUGGUGUUCAAAUGGAAA